AUGGACAAGGUGAUAUCCUCCGAGGAUCAGGUGCAGGAGGUCAUCAUCACCAACGAUGGCGCCACGAUCCUCUCCCACAUGGCGCUCCUCCAGCCCACCGCGCGCAUGCUCACCGAGCUCUCCCACUCCCAAGACGCCGCGACUGGGGACGGCACCACCACCAUCGUUGUCCUCGCCGGAUCCCUCCUCCGCGGUGCCCAGUCGCUCCUAUCCGCCGGUGCCCACCCUACCGCCAACGCCGGCACCCUCCACCGCCUCGCUGCAUGCGCCGUCGAGAUCCUCCAUGCCAUGGCCAUCUCUAUCAAGCUCUCCGACCGGGAAUCCCUCGUCAAGUCCACGUCCACUGCCCUCAACUCCAAGGUCGUUUCCCAGUACUCCACCCUUCUUCCGCCCCUCGUUGUCGAUGUUGCUCUCUCUGGGGUGGAUCCAGCUCACCCGGACCUCCUCGACCUCCAUGAUAUCCACAUCGUCAGGAAGCUUGGUGGCACCAUGGACGACAUUGAGCUCGUUCGCGGCCUCAUCUUUGACAAGAAGGCUAACCACGCUGCAGGGGGACCAGCAUGGGUCAAGAAUGCUAAGAUUGCUGUCAUACAGUUCCAAAUCUAG